UUCCUCUGGGAAUCUUAAUCAGAAGGAAGGAACAUUCUCCUUGAAUUUCGACAACAAAAAGACUUCCCAGCAGAUCCCAGAAUUCAUUCAUUCAGGACAUUUGAGGGAGCUAGAAUAUUUUUCGAGCGCCUACGUCUGUCUCUGUGUGCCUCUCUCUCUCUCUCUCUGUCUGGGCCCAAAGCAAACAGCUGCUUUUCCAGAGGGCUGGAAAUUAACGUGGCUUUUCUUUCUCAUUGGAAGGCUGUCUGCUUUUCUCCCCCUUCUCCUCUCUCUCUCUCUCUCUCUUUUUUUUUUAAAAAAACAGCAGCUAAAAAGCCAGCCCGCAGCCGAAGCACCACUUGGCCCCUGUGCAGCCCAGGGGAAGGAACCAAAGAGGUGCUUUCUCGUGGUGGACAUGGACUCUCGUUUCAUUGCAAUUUUUGCUUUUUUCCAAACUUUACCCUUUUGUGGAUAGCCUGUUCUGCUGGAGCGCGGGUCCUCCCUUCUCUGACCUCUGCUGGAGCACUGGCUGGAGAUUUUUGAUUCCUGUUCACCUUCUUCCCGUUUGGCAUUUAAGCGAAAUAUAGCCGAGGGUGCCUCUUCCGAGUGACUCAGGCAUGGCUGGGAAAAGCUGUUGAAGCUGCAAAGCUCCUUUGCCUGUCUGCCGCCCACCAGAUCCUAGGAGGCUUUCUCAUGUCAGUUUCCCCAGAGAGACAGACAACAUGCCCUGCCUCUCUGUCGAAACACCGCAGAAUUAGGAAAGCCAGACUUUUCAGACUUGGGUUUUUAAAACAAAAAGUCCAGUUCUGAACAGUGACGCCAACUGGAUCCUUUCGUUUCAUCGGCUGUUUGUAAAGAAGCGGGUGGAGAGCAAUAUGGCCCCGUGCUGGGCUUAGGAAACAGCCCCCAGGUCCUGUGUCCACCUUCCCUUAAAGAAUUGAGAAUAUCAGGAUGUGGGGCUGUCAACUGAGGCAAGUGCUCUGCAGUUUCCACCAGCAGCUGAAGAAAGGUUUCAGGAUUCUUCCAGCUUCGACCCACAGGCAUCACACAGUCCCCAACUCACCCAGCUGUGCCUGGCAGUUAAAAGAUGAUCACCUAGAGGUGAAAUACAGGGACACCCUCAUGCGCUUCGAUUACAUUUGGCUUCGGGACCAUUGCCGCUCGCCAUCUUGCUAUAACACCAAGACCAACCAACGCAGUCUGGAUACGGCUAGUGUGGAUCUCACAAUCAAGCCCCAGGUGGUGCGAGUGGAUGAAUCCACUCUCUUUGUCACCUGGCCGGAUGGCCACGUGACCAAGUAUGGCCUGGAAUGGCUGCUGAAGAACAGCUACGAGGGACAGAAGCAGCAGAUCAUGCAGCCCCGGAUCCUGUGGAACGCCGAAAUUUACCAGGCAGCUCAAGUGCCUUCCGUGAACUACCACAGCUUCUUGGAAACCAACGAGGGACUGAGGGAAUUCCUGCAGAACUUCCUGCUGUAUGGCAUUGCCUUCGUGGAAGACGUUCCUCCCACCAAGGAAGACACAGAGAUCAUAGCGGAGAGGGUCAGCUUGAUCAGAGAAACAAUUUACGGCAGGAUGUGGUAUUUCACCUCUGACUUCUCCCGAGGAGACACCGCUUACACCAAACUGGCUUUGGACCGUCAUACAGAUACCACUUACUUUCAGGAACCUUGUGGCAUCCAGGUGCUCCAUUGUCUGAGGCAUGAAGGGACAGGGGGCAGGACACUCCUGGUGGAUGGCUUCUACGCAGCAGAGCAAGUCCUACAGCAAUCCCCAGAGGACUUUGACCUUCUCACAAAGGUGCCGCUGAAGCACGAAUACAUCGAGAACAUGGGAAGCUGCCACAACCACAUGAUCGGGGUUGGACCUGUCUUGAAUAUCUACCCCUGGAACAAGGAGCUCUACCUGAUCAGGUAUAAUAAUUAUGACCGAGCUGUCAUUAACACGGUGCCUCAUGACACUGUGCACCGUUGGUACAUUGCACACCGCACACUCACUGCUGAGCUACGGAGGCCAGAAAACGAACUCUGGGUCAAAUUGAAACCAGGCAAAGCCCUCUUUGUGGACAAUUGGCGAGUGCUGCAUGGCCGAGAAUCUUUCACAGGAUAUCGCCAGCUCUGUGGUUGCUACCUCACCAGAGAUGACGUGCUAAACACAGCCCGUUUACUUGGACUUCAAGCCUAAGGUGGCUGGGGCUUCUGAUACUCUGGAGCUAUUGAUUCAGGAACGGGAGAGAAAAAAAAUGCAUACCUCACAGAUCUGGCCUCUGGUCACAAGAGAGAGGAGAAGCCCUCCCAGCAUUACUUGAUGAUCGAGCAAGUAAUAAAGUCUACUGCCUUUUCUUCACUCUCCCCAUUCUAGGCUCUCUGAUUGGUUCUCCUUGGUUUCCAAAGCCCAGCCCAUUGGCUCAGCUCGGGUCAGAUGGACUGGGGAGCCAUGCAGAGACCAGUUCUGACUUUCAAGGUGCUACCUCUUGUGCCUUUUGCUUAUUGAAAGCAGCCCUGUCUUCUUGAGACUGCCCAUGUACAAAAAACAUCAAGGUUUUACUGGACGUAUAUGCUUGAAAACUGGUAGAGUCUCAAGGGAAGUUGAGUUAGUUCAUCUGAAAGGCGUGUUGGUUGUUGUUGCAGCCUUUUGAGACCUCCAAAGUACACUGGUACCCAAUGUUUGAAGGUUCUGCUUCUUCAUAUCUCUUCUCUUUGCUGCCUGCUGGUGAUGUUAAACUUGCCAUGUGAUGGGAAAGUUGCUUCAGAGCAGGAGGAAGGAAGGACACAAACAGAUCUGGGGAGAGAAGACAACAUUAAGUCCCGAUUUCCCAGCACUAUUAAAAAAAAAAUAGUGAUAACGAUAUAAUUAUAGCACUGCGUUUCUUUCCAGCUUACUCUGUUGUCCAUUCUUCAUCUUGGUCGUUGCGUCAACUUUCUCCAAAAUUUCUUUGCCACCCAUUCUAUGUUGGAAGGAAGCUCAGUCUCUAUGGGGGGAUUUCCCUACCAUAAUUUCCUUACUUUGUUUCUUUUCUGCUCCUUCCUUUGAAGGAUCUUUAUUGAUAACAAGAGGCUUUACCUCUAAGAAGCUGGAAGCUGCCAAUCCGUGUUCUUGAACUAAAGCUCAAACAAUUGGAAAGAGAGAGAGAGAGAGAGAGAAGACACUUGAUUAUUCCUCUUAGCACGUUAGGUGAAAAUAAUUGCAUGUUUCAUUUUGAUUGGCCUUCUCAGCAGCACCGUCUCUUCCGAAGAAAAGCAAAUGAGGCUUUUAGCUGAAGCUGAGAUGAUUAGCUCAAAGAUCUGAGUGGAGACACUGCUUCCGCUAUCCGCUUCCUAGCCUUAGGAACCGGGUCCUUGACUAGGAACAAAGUGUUCUAGACCAUUACUCCUUCUAGAGAUGGAUGAUGAUCAUAGCUUGCACCCCGCCAUCAUCAGAGACACCUGUUCCCACUGCAUCUCUUGAGCAUGAUCCAACAAGGAUGCCCAGAACUUUUAUAGGAAGCCAAGAUUUGUCAUUCUAUGGAAGAACAGCACCUACAAGAAACAGCCAAAAUCAGCUUUUUGCCUUCAAACCAAAUAGAAAUAUCUUGCCUUUGUUUUUAUAUUGGAUUUGCAAUGACAUUUUCAUUAUUAAUAAUGAAGAAUGAAAGGCUUUCACAGAACUUGGGAUGCAAAUUCUGUGGUUGAGUUUGUCUUCAAAUUUGAAAACUAAUCUGUGCAUCAUUUUAGGAGUGGGAGGGGUGUUUUAACCACAAGAAGGUCCAUCUUUGUUCAUGUUUGUUGGCCAACCUUGGUCAUUGCCAAGCUCAGCCAAACCUGGUUAAGCCCACUGGCUCUCAUGGGCACAUUUCUGCUAAUUAAGGAAAAUCAGCCAUCUUUCCUAUGUUCAGAGCUGAGCACUUGAUCCCUUUCAGAUAAAGAGACCUUUUUUGUGUGUCCUAGAAUUAUAUUAAACAUGCAAACCUGCUAAGGGGGAAACUCUAGAAAAGGAACUUUGCAAUUCUUAUAUACAUCAGGAAGUGGCUACCAUUUUUCUUUGACAAUAUUCUGUUCUUUGCGGCUUUUGAAUUAAAACAGCGGGAAAGCUGGCAAGAUUCCUCCAAGUCUAGAAGGAUACAGUUUUGACUCUUGCUAAACUGUAGGAAUCAUAAUUUGAACUAUAACAUUUGAGAUCUUCACCAAGGAAAGCAGGAAAGAAAGAAACUGGAAUCCUACACGAACAUCAGCAGUUUGAGUCUAGUUGAAUUUUCUCCUUGAGAUGCUCAUGUUUUGUAAGGAACAUAUUUUAGGUUUGCUUGUCCCUGAAGCAGUAUUUAUCUCAUGAGCUCCAAGCUGCUGUGAGGUCAUUUUGCCCAGCUAUAGUUUAGCUACACCUCACUGAGUUGCGAUGUUCUUUGCAAGAACCAGAUCUGUAUGUGCUUCUUUCCUUUCUUACUCAUAGUUUUGGACUUCGUUUUAAUGUGAUGCUGUAGUAGCACUUUUUUGCUCUUAACACUCCUUUUAGACAAUGUUCAGUUUUUAGCAGCACAAAAUAUUUGGUACUUGAGGCCAUCUCUAACUUGAUUUUCUUAACUGUAUGAGCUUCUGGGCCACGUAGAAUGCAUCAAAUGUAGAGGAGGUGCAAAUACGAUCUUUGGAUCAAGGCUACAGUUGUCUGGUAUUUAUUAGCUGCUAAGUUUCAGGAAUACACUUACUAACUUCCAAGAAAGUCUUUGCAAAAAGUACCACUCGUGCUGUGGUCUAUGUAGGUAUUGUGAGGACAUGUGUGGCUUUGUGUAUAAGUAGGCGAGAUCCCUUCAUCCUGUCCCUCACACGGCCACACAUUUGUUCCUCCUGUAAGAACAAGAUUGUUAUCUUCACCGUUAGCCAUCAAACUUUGUAAUUGUUUCCUGUUACUCUGCUUCUAAUUAAAAAAAAUUCAGAGAUAUUUCUUUCUGAGAGCAA